GUGGAUUGACUUUAUCAAAUGAAAUCUACUUGGCUUGUGUCUCGUGCUCUUGCGUUCGCAAAGUAAAUUAUUUUUUUCACGUUACCCCAGGGAGGUAGUGGGUGAGUUGUUGUGCUGACUGAAUUUAUUUCUUUCUCCAACUGCUGUUCUUUUAAUGUCCCACAGCAGAUUCGUUGCUCUGUUCAUAUCCUAUUUUUUCCUUUAAUAAUAUCUUCUUUGGCGUUUCUUCUUCAAAUAGCGAUGGACCCUGCUACCUAUUCAAUUCCUUCGAUUCCUACUGCAAUUACACGGCUAUUUCAACAUAACUUACUUGACUGAACACAAGUCAAAACUGUAAAAAUAAUAAACAUCACACAGAGGGGUUUUUGUUUACAAGUUUAACAAGGUUUAAGAAAAAAAUGUUGGAUUUUGUUUAGUUUUCUCAAACUUGGGUUGCAGGCGGAGACUAUUUGUAGAAGAGGAAUGCAAAACAUAUUAACUUGGGUAAUCAUUUAAUCGAUAAAUUAAAUCAUGGAUAGAGGGGAAUUUGGUGAAGGAGCAUCCUCAUCAAUAGCCAUGGAAAUGCCCAUUAUGCACGACAGUGAUCGGUACGAGCUUGUUAGAGAUAUUGGGUAUGGCAAUUGUGGUGUUGCACGGUUGAUGCGCGACAAACUCACCCAGGAGCUCGUUGCUGUCAAGUACAUUGAGAGAGGCGAGAAGAUAGAUGAAAAUGUGCAGAGAGAGAUCAUAAACCACCGUUCGUUAUGCCAUCCCAAUAUUAUUCGCUUCAAAGAGGUCGUCUUGACUCCAACCCAUCUAGCAAUUGUUAUGGAAUAUGCUGCAGGGGGUGAGCUCUUUAAGCGCAUAUGCAAUGCAGUCCGUUUUGGCGAGGAUGAAGCACGUUUUUUCUUUCAACAACUUAUUUCAGGUGUUAGCUAUUUCCAUUCUAUGGAAGUUUGUCAUCGUGACUUGAAGUUAGAAAAUAUCCUUUUGGAUGGAAGUCCUGCCCCUCGGCUCAAGAUAUGUGAUUUUGGCUAUUCCAAGUCUUCUCUACUUCAUUCUCAGCCCAAAUCAACUGUUGGCACACCUGCAUAUAUAGCUCCAGAAGUUUUUGCCAAGAAAGAAUAUGAUGGCAAGAUUGCAGAUGUUUGGUCUUGUGGUGUGACCCUCUAUGUCAUGUUAGUAGGUUCCUACCCAUUUGAGGAUCCUGUAGAACCAAAGGAUUUUCGAAAGACUAUUGGGCGUAUAAUGAGAGUCCAAUACUCCAUCCCUGACUUUGUGCAAAUAUCAUCUGAAUGCCGGCACCUGCUUUCUAGAAUAUUUGUUGCAAAUCCCACCAUGCGAAUAACAAUGACUGAAAUCAAGAAUCAUGAGUGGUUUUUGAAGAAUCUACCUGCAGACUUGUUGGAUGCUGGAAUGAGUAAUCAAUAUGAUUACACGAACCAAUCUUCACAAAGCACUGACGAGAUUAUGAGGAUUAUUGCUGAAGCGAAAAUUCCUGCACAAGGUUUUGGGCUAAGGCAAUAUCUUGGAGAUGAUCUUGAUUUUGAUGACAUGGACCUAGAAAAUGACUCUGAACUGGAUAUCGAUAGUAGUGGAGAAGUUGUUUAUGUUAUGUAAGUACAUUGUUAUUGAAAUUUCACAUCCUAUCCAUGCUGGCUUUUAGUCUGUCAUAUACAUUGGAUUUCAUAUAUUGGAGAGCAGAGGCAGAAGCUAUGAUCUAGCCUAUACUGGUUGGAUUUAUGGAAGGCUUGUACACAGCUUCAUCUGAGAUCCUGAUGGCCUUUAAACUUUUUUGCAACUCAUCCCUUGCUGAAGAGAAUUGUAUCCUAUAAUUGUAGGAAUGUGUUGCAUUAUCAUAUACACAAUUUCCUUGUUAGGGGAUUCUAUAUAUGAACUUGCAAACCUGAAUUUUAUAGAAGUAAUUUACUGAAUCAAUUACAUUUUGUGUUCUA